CUUCCCCCAAUAUUUGUGCAAACAGAUAAACAACAAAUUUGACUUUCUGAAACAAAAGUAUAGAGCUUGGAAGGGCUCACAAGUGGCCACUGGUCUCGGUCGGAACACCCAAACGGGCGGCAUUGAUGCUGAUCCAGAUUACUAGAUGGCCCAGGAUGGUUCCCAGCCAAUUGACGACGACUCUCCACACGCCGGGGAAACAAGUAACGCUGCGGCAGCUCGUGGCAACCCACCGCCUUUCCUGAAUGAACUCCAUGCCCUGUUUGGCGACCGGAACACCAACACAGGCAUUUACUUGUCAGGAGGUGGCAUUGGUUCAGAAACACCUCCUCAUGUUAUGAGCCAGAACGAUUACAGCGGACCUUCCAGUUACCACUCUGGUUCGAAAAGGGCCCGAGGUGAUCAUGUGGUUGACAGCCCAAGGAAGAAGUGCUGCGAGAUUUUAGGAAGGAUUUCGGACAGCAUUGCUACGCGGAGUAGUUCUCGGGAUCGACAACGGACCCGUGAGCAGGAAGAAGUCGACGAAGCAAUGGAAAUCUCAGAAGCCGAUGGUGUCCCAGUACCUUCAGACCUAUACUUCACAGCUUUGGAGCUGUUCAAGAACUCUGUGUCGCACAGAGAGUUCCUCAAUAUAAAAGCCCACAAGUCCGUAUUGCUUGGCUGACAUGGCUCAUCCAGCAUAAGAACCAGAAGUAGUCCUGGUUGCUAGUAAACGUGCUUGUUUCGAAUGUACUUUUGUUGGACUGUAGUUGUUUAAUGUCUAGGCCGCUCUCUGUGUUUGUAAUGUGACGAACUAUGUAUGUAAUAAUUUCGAACUCUAGUUGUUGGACUUGGUUUGUAAUAACCUUGAUGCUGCUCUCUUCCUACAA